AUGAACCCUAACUUCUGCCGGGCCCUGGUGGAGAGGAGGCCCGUGGGGGUCCCCAGCGGCGUGCAACUGGGCUUGGGGUCUCCGCCCGGGCCGACGCUGCCCUCGCCCGAGCCCCUGGGCAACGUGCCCUUGCUGCUGUGCCCGGGCGCCGGCGAGCCCCCGUACUACGACGCCUGCGCGGGGGUGUUCCCGUACGUGCCGCUGGCCGGCGCCUUCGGGGUCUACGACUACCCGUUCGAGCCCGCCUUCAUCCAGAAGCGCAACGAGCGCGAGCGGCAGCGCGUCAAGUGCGUGAACGAGGGCUACGCGCGCCUCCGCGGCCACCUGCCCGGCGCCCUGGCCGAGAAGCGGCUCAGCAAGGUGGAGACGCUGCGCGCCGCCAUCCGCUACAUCAAGUACCUGCAGGAGCUGCUCGGCGCCGCCCCGGACAGCGCGCCGCCCGCCGCCGCCGCCGCCUCCCCGCCGCCCGCCCGCCCCGGCCCCGGGGACGCGCCGCCGCGGCCCGAGCCCGCCGGCUCCUCCGCCUUCGCCUCGGCGCCGUUCCCGGAGUCCGGGGAAUCGGGCCAGUGA